GAGAGGGAGAGAGAGAGGGAGAGAGAGAGAGAGAGAGGGAGAGAGAAAUCACAAAGGAGAGGGAGAAGGAGAACCUGAAUGCAUGGGAAUGUACUGAGUCUUUGACUCUUUUGCUAAGUUGACUAGGGAGACGUACGGCACGGUACGGGGCAUCCGACAAUGGGAGAUACUCGAGACAUCCACACACAGCCGUCCCAGAGAGGUGAGAGCAUGGCCUACAAGAAGAUGCGUGCGGGGCACGGGGGCUCACUGCGGUCACGGGAUGCGGAGAGCGAGGAGCUACAGGCAGCCACUCUGGAGCUGGAGUGGGACAUGGAGAAGGAGCUGGAGGAGCCGGGCCUGGACCGGUUCCAGCUGGAGAGUGGCGAGCGGCGGCCCACGGGCAGCUCCGUCAGAGGGGGAGGAGGCAGUGGAGGAGGAGGAAGAGGUGGUGGAGGUGGAGAGGGAGUCGGGGUCGACCUAGACCUGGAGCCCAUCCAGCCCUCCACCUCCCCCCACGGACGCUUCCAGCGCCUCCAGGAGGACACGGGCUACGAGCCGCACUUCAGCAGCCGGCAGGCCUCCAAGCCGCGCGGGGCGGCGGACAAUUGGAGCUGGGCGGUCAAGUACAUCCUGGCAGGGGCAGGGGUUUUCGUCCUGGGACUGGUGAUCGGGCGCUACCUGCACGGCACGGGGAGCGAGACGUCCGCAGCGCCCUCAGACAUGGAUGUGCUGGAGAGCGUGUUGAGGGAUAUCACGGCAGAGGAUCUGCGGGCAUUAAAAAGGAACUUCAGCUCUUGGUCAGAGCAGAGUGAGUUGUUACGGGCGUCUCUACUUCAGCAGAGGUGGCGAGAGCUGGGUUUGAGGGAUGUCCAGCUGUCCAAUUACACUGUGCUCCUCAGCCACCCUGGCCCCGCCCCCAGCCGCAUCCUUGACAAGCUGACCAAUCAGUGUUUCCUGCCCAAUGGAGAGGGGUGUGACCAAGGGGGCCCUGAGCCAGCAGAGGAUCCACUGCCGUCGUUUGCCGCCUACUCUGCUGUGGGAAGUCUGGAGGCAGAGGUGGUGGACGUGCAGUAUGGAAGCAUGGGGGAGCUGACCCAGGCCAAGAGCUCAGUGAAUCUCACAAACAGGAUUGCCAUAUUGAAGCUUGGGCGAGCACCACUGCUGUAUAAGCUGUCCCUCCUUGAGGAGAUGGGUAUUGGGGGUGUCCUGCUUUAUGUGGACCCAUGUGACGUCCCCAAUGAGGAGGGUAUCUGGCACAAGGCCUUUGGUGUCACCUUAAACCCUGGAGGAGAUCCCUCCACCCCAGGCUACCCAAGUCUCAAGGGGAGCUAUCGGGAGGAGAAGCCAUUCCUGACGCGCAUGCUGGUGCAGCCCAUCUCUGCAGGCGUGGCCAAGGAGAUCCUGUCGGCCCCCACCAUGGGUCAGGGCCAGCCCUGCACGCCACUGGCCCAGCCGCCCGGCUCAGCCAGAAGAAUAAUCACAUUAACUAUUGGGAGCCGGGCAUCAUACAGACCAGUUCACAAUGUGGUGGGAUACCUGAGAGGGAGGAUUAAUUCAGAUCGAUAUGUUCUUGUUGGUGGUCGUCAUGGCAGCUGGCACGAGGGUUCUUGGGAGGACUGGAGCAGUAGUGCGGCCAUCAUGACUCAGUUGGUUUCCUCCAUCACGUCUCAGCGGCGUCUGGGCUGGCAGCCAGACCGCACCAUCAUCUUCACCUCCUGGGGAGGCUCCGACCUGGGCAGCAUCGGCUCAUUUGAGUGGGGGGAGGACAACCGCGUGGUGUUGGAGAGCAGUACGGUGGCUUACGUCAGCCUCUACAGCCCGGUGCGAGUAGGGAGGUCAUCGUGCUCCACCGCUUCUCCUUCCCUGUUUCAGCUGGCCUCUGACCUCCACAAGAAACAUAUGAGGAGUUACAUGAAGAGUGUGUGCUGUCCUGGUGCCAACAUCAGCUCUCUGCAAACCCUCGGGGACGUUAACUUCUUCGCCAACCAACUCGCCAUCCCUACCCUGCAGUUUACUGCCACCUCAAGGACUACACCACAGACAAGUUUCCUGUCCGAAGCCUUCUUCGCCCAAGAUGUGACCGCUAAGAAGGCGUCUGAUCCUUCCUUCGUGCUUCAUGAAGCUGUGGCUAAGAUGACAGCAGAGGCUGUGCUGAGGCUGAGCGGCGACCCUGUCCUCCCCUUCUCCCCGCUGGACAUUGCCCUAGAUGUGCAGAACAAACUCAAAGACGACCCUCUUCAGACAGCUGAGCUGCUGGCUGUGGCAGCCAUCUUGAGGGACAACUCCACCUUCCUGCAGUCGGAGACCAUGCGGCCAGCCAACGACCCCAAGGAGAGGGACCCGACUCACGUCCGCAUGCUGAACGACGUGCUGCAGGGACUGGAGAAGAGCUUCUUGAUCCCAGACCCCCCUUCUGGCCUGUACAGGAAUCUUCUGUACGGUCUGAGUGCACAAUCCUCCCGUUUCUCCGUACUGAAGGAUGCCCAGGAAGCGAAGGGGCGUCGGCCUGUAAACCAGACAUUGUCUCUCGUUUCCACGGCGAUCACGUCAGCCCAGAGACUUGUCCAGAGCGGGCUGCAGCUCUUUGAAAGUGAUGCAGAUGACAGCUCCCUGGUCCACUGACAGACAGACAGACUGACUGACAGACAGACAGAUGGACCUGUGCAUGCUGGAGAGCCUGAUGAGACCUGGUGUGCUUUGUAUCGCCCCCUCACUAGGCAUGGUGGAGGCACACCACCCAACGGCAGCAACAUCAGCAGCAGGACCAAACUUUUGCAUGUUUUUGCCUUUGCACUGAGAAUCUUAAACCAAAAUCGGCAGGGCCUUCAGAGACCCAUUUUUAGGAAACCAAAAGCACCAGGUUGUUUGAGAAACCCAUUUUGAGCAAUAUCAAUGUGAAUGCUAGAUGUGAAUGCUUCAUGAAAUUUGUUUUUUUGAGGUCAGUACUUAAUGUUCUGCAUUAAAUAGCAAGGGAGACAGAAGGCCAAACUGUUUAAAAUUGAAUGAAAACAAUUGACACUAGAGAUGGAUGGAUUCACAGUAUGCAUCAGUUCAACAAAGUCUACCUGUGUUUUCCUCCAUAUUUUCCAUCUGGUUGCAAAAUAUGGUUGUGGUAUUGAAAGCCUAGUUUAAAAACGAGGUCAAAAACUUUAACAGCCAGAGUUUGCAAUGAAAUUACAAUUGUUUUUUUUGUUUUUUGUUUUGUUUUGACGGUAUUGAUAGACUGCACGGUUUACAAUGUUGUGGUUAACCAGCGAACAGUAAUGGAAACGCUCCAGUUUAUCUACAGCACCGUACCUAUUCUUAAAUGCAGAGAGUGAUGAUUAGUGUUUUCUGAGAUGAAGGUGUGAGGCACCGAAUGUGCCUUAUAUUUAUGUACGCACAGCAGCAUUUGUCUUCCUGUUACUGAUGAGAUAAACAGGGUAUAUUGUUUGGAGAAACGGUCCCACCCACCACAGGUAGCCAAGUUUUCUGUUUGUGACCACCAGCAGGGAAAAUGUGUAAGCUAAAUGAAAACAACAGAUGUGCUGUAGACACACUGUAGCCCUUUGGUCUAUGACAUUGUCUCUCUGGGAAAGCCUAGUUUUCAUGCUGACAGGUUAACAUAUUAUUCAUAUUUUAUUUAUAUAAAUACACACAUGUGAUUUUAGGGUUUUAGACUAAUGUGUUCUGUAUAUACUGUACAGUAAAGAGUUUUUGAAAAGCACAGAGGUAGUUAGGCUUAAACCGAUACCUUAAUUCUAAUGUGGGAAUAAUGGCAGUUUGACAUGGGAUACAAUAUGUGCAUUUGAGUGUGCACGCAAAGUGCUAUGUGUGCAAUGAUUUGUUGAAUCUGAUAUUGCACAUAGAUAUUGCACAUGCCAUUGUUCCACAUCCAUCAAACUGUGUUUGUAUAAAGGUUUAUCUCUUGCAUCUGCAGUGACUAUUGAAUGUCAUGAUGAAUAUUCACUGUACAUGCCCUUGUGCUACAAGACAUGAACACUAUGUAUGACUGCAGUGUAUGACACUAUAUAUGACUGCAGUGUGACUGCUAAAACUGUGCUGGAUACUGGAUACUAUGACCUGCCACUUCUGUGCACUUUAAAUUUGAAUGUUAUUGAGAUUUAUAAAUAUUUACAAUACCUAGAAUGUCUUACGUGUAACUUAGGUGUAAAAACUGUCAAAUUAGAAGCACCUGAAUGUACUGUAACUCCAUCCAAGCUUUAAGUUCAUAAUGUGCCUUUCAGCUUUUGAAGAGCUGCUACUGUAAACGGGGUAUGGUAGGUCAGAACAGAGUCAGGCAAGGGAAUAUUGAGCUUCACAGGGAGUAAGACUACCGUAUGUUUUGGAGUAGUGACCCAUUAUUACUUUCUCUCAGUAGACUCACGGUUUCUAGUAGUGCCCCUCCUCAGUUGACAAAUUGGGUCAUUGAGGUUUUUAUAAAGGCUAGUAGCAGAAGUCAGGUGGGGAAACUACAUCUAAUGCCACUAUUGUAUGGAUUUGUGCCAGGUUGGUAUAUAUAAUUAAAAACAUGCACUACAUGCAGGGCUCUAAAUUAACUUUUUUCAUCACUCGCCAAAUUGGCCAGUAGAUGUUAAUCUUACCAGCCAAACACACACUCACUAAUGGGUCAAACUGACUAGUAAUUUGAUCUUUUGACAUUUGGCUGGUUUGCGGGUGUUAAAUUAGAGCCCCGAUUACAUGUAAAUAAAACGUGUACAAUCAAUGUAUGUACCUACUUCACACACUAGUGACAUUAGCUGUGGUUGCGCCACUCUGACACGCUCUAAAAAAACACCAGUGAUGUCAGUACUUAAGACAUGGGAAGAAUAAAGCUGUCAGAACAUGGCAACAGGACACGGCAUGUUAUUAUCCUAAUGAUGUUCUCAUUUGCUGUAAGUAAAAAAGCUUGUUUCCUCCUCUUGUCUGAAUUGGACAAUCCCACACAUCUACGUAGGUGGCUGCAUUGUAGGCCUAAUUGCACUGGUAUCGAAAAUUCUUUUUUUUAAAUGUCUACGUCAAUCUAGUUAGAACAGCACAACUCAAUUCAUGACAAAGACAGGAAAUCUCUGCUGCUUUGAACUAAAAACAAUUGGUUAACUGUAAUUUUCCACGUUCCAUCCCAUUCAUUUAUGAGUAAUAUUCCAUAAUGAAGCAUGAAGCCUAAGGAAGGCUGUCAUCAACCAAAUUAUUGUUCUUUAUUUAUGACAAGUUAUUGAGAAUUCAACGAUGUUAUUUAACAAUGUACAAUGUGGUAGGCUGAGUGUGGGCAGUCGUGUAUUGAGUAUGCUGUGCAUCUGUGAUAACAUCCUAUUUGUUUUUGUAAAGUCAGGACAAAAUUCACUGCCCAUUUUGCAGUGUUCGUCAAUUUAACAUCUUCUAGAGUGGCUCAAAAGGAAAACG